AUGACUGAUGCAAGUAUAGGUGAAUCAUCUCCACUAGUUUUUCACAUAUCUGGUAUUUCACCUAAAACAGAUAAUCGAACAUCAAUGCAAAAACGAUUUGCUGUUUGGUUCAUUCUAAUAGCUGUUGCUUUUGAAAGAUUAGCAUUUUUCUCAUUAGUUGGUAAUCUUGUUCUUUUCCUUUCAUCGAAUUCUAUUCGUUGGACAUCAUUUCAUAGUAUAAUUGCUUCAUUAAUUUUUUACGGUACAAGUUAUAUAUCAACACUUGUUUUUUCUUGGAUAAGUGAUGCUAAAUUAGGUCGUGCAAAAACAAUUCUAAUUGGUUUUAUUUUAUAUAUUAUUGGUUAUUUAUUCAUUCAAUUAUUUUCAAUAGCUGAAAUAUAUGAAACAUUAUGUAAUGGACCACCAACUUAUAUGGAUGAGUCAACACCAUAUUUCAAAGAAAAAUGUAGCACUCAAAUUACGGUCGUACUUAUUGUCACUGCAAUUGGUGUAGGAGUAGUUCAAUCAAAUAUGGCUGUAUUUGGAGCUGAACAAAUUCGAGAAAAAACACUUACAACACAAUAUUUUUAUAAAUAUUAUGUUGCUGUAAAUAUAGGCUCUCUUCUUGCAUUUGGUAUAAUUGCUUAUGUGCAACAGAAUAAAUCCUAUUUUAUAAGUUAUUUAAUAUCAACUAUAUUACUGGUUGUAACUUUGAUAGUUUUUAUUAUUGGACAUAGAUGUUAUAUUCAUAUAAAACCACAUGAUUCUGUAAUAACUAAUUUUUUUCCUGUUUUAAUUAAUGCAUUUCAAACAUGGUAUAAACAUCGAUACUAUAUUCGUAAAAUGUCUAAUGAACUUAGACCUUCCAAUGAAUCCAUGUUUUCAAAUGAUCAAUAUGAAAAUAAUAAGGAUCAAAUAUUGUUUAAUAUGAAUGAACAACCAAUAUCAUUUUUUGAUUAUGCUAAAGGAACAAAUAAUGGUCGAUUUCCAGAUCGUAUUGUUGAUGAUAUUAAAUCACUUCGACGUAUUAUUGUAAUGUUUCUACUUUUAAUACCCUAUUGGCUUAUAUAUGUGCAGAGUAAUACAACAUUUAUUAUACAAGGUGUUCAUAUGAGAAUACCACUAUUACAAUCACACAUUAAUCAUAUGCCUGUAGUUUGGCUUUCUCUUGGUGAUCAAAUAAUAAUCAUUCUUGUUAUUUUGAUUUUAAACACAUGUGUACAUAAACGUCUUCAUAUUAACAAUCGACCCUUUUCAAUCAAAAUACGUAUGAUUAUUGGUAUGAUCUCAGCUACACUUUCUAUGUGUAUAACUGGUAUAGUCGAGAUAUUUCGUCAAAAGAAAUGCGAUUCAUCUUUUCAACAAACUAUUGGUAUUUACUCGAUAAUGACAAAUUCAUUCGCUUUUAUGUUAUCAGUGAUCUUAUUUUAUAUCAUAGGUAAUGCAACUUAUUACGCUGCUGAUAUGUCGAUAUUUUAUCAAUUUCCACAGUAUAUAAGUAUAGGUCUAUCUGAAGUAUUUGCUUCAGUAGCUAGUUUUGAAUUUGCUUAUUUGGCUGCGCCUCAAUCAGCUCAAUCACUUGUAAUGAGCCUUCGUUUUUGUUCAGUUGGUCUUUCAUCAUUUUUGGGUUCUGCAUAUAUAAGUAUAUAUGAAAGUGCUUAUGAAAAUUUUACAGUAACAAAUUUAGAGUGUAAAGAUUCUGAAAAAUCUGAAUUAUUUUAUAUUUAUUUUUUUAUUCUUGCUGGUAUUCAAUUAAUUUUUAUUUUUAUUUUUCUUGGAUGUGAUCGUAAAUUUCAAAUACUCAAAGCUUCACAACAUCGAUUUAAUACACGUUUAUUUAUAGGAACAAAUUCUAGAACAUCAGAUGUUUGA